AUGGGCAUCAUGAACUCGUUCGUCAACGACAUCUUCGAGCGCAUCGCGGGCGAGGCGUCGCGCCUGGCGCACUACAACAAGCGCUCGACCAUCACGUCGCGGGAGAUCCAGACGGCCGUGCGCCUGCUGCUGCCCGGCGAGCUGGCCAAGCACGCCGUGUCCGAGGGCACCAAGGCUGUCACCAAGUACACCAGCGCCAAGUAAA